GGGGCUUCUCCCCCACGAGGGCGAGGAUGCUCGGGGCAGCGCGGGACGGCGCGGAGCGCAGCGGCGGUGGUUGCCAGGUUUCCAAUGACGCUUAUUGCUGCCAUGUCUGUGAGCCUCACAAGUCUGAAUGAAUUCACUCUCACCACUGCCAACCCUUCAGCAAGUAUUUCACAGAUAGAGGAACUGAGGCAUCUCCACCUAUUCAUUUCACUGACUGACUCCUUUCUGUAUUGUGAAACAGAGGAAACAGAAGCUCCCUCACUGCCUGCGGUGAAAGCGAAAGAGUAAAAAAGGAAACUGAGUUUGAAAACUGAGGCUGGCUCCAUGUAUCCAGAAUCCACUACUGACUCCCCCGCCAGACUCUCGCUAAGACAGACGGGCUCUCCCGGGAUGAUUUACAGUGCUCGGUACGGGAGUCCCAAACGACAGCUGCAGUUCUACAGAAACCUUGGCAAGUCGGGGUUGCGAGUGUCGUGCCUGGGCUUAGGAACAUGGGUAACGUUUGGAGGACAGAUUACAGACGAGAUGGCAGAACAGCUGAUGACCUUAGCCUAUGACAAUGGCAUUAACCUGUUUGAUACAGCAGAAGUCUAUGCUGCUGGGAAGGCUGAAGUUGUGCUAGGAAAUAUAAUUAAGAAGAAAGGAUGGAGGCGGUCCAGCCUGGUCAUAACCACCAAGAUCUUCUGGGGAGGAAAAGCAGAGACAGAGAGGGGGCUGUCCCGAAAACACAUCAUAGAAGGUCUGAAGGCUUCAUUAGAGCGGCUGCAGUUGGAGUAUGUGGAUGUGGUGUUUGCAAACAGACCGGAUCCCAACACCCCAAUGGAAGGGGACCCAUUUAGUUCUUCCAAGUCAAGAACAUUCAUCAUAGAAGAGACGGUGAGAGCCAUGACCCACGUUAUCAACCAGGGGAUGGCCAUGUACUGGGGAACAUCACGCUGGAGCUCUAUGGAAAUCAUGGAAGCCUACUCAGUGGCACGGCAAUUCAACCUCAUCCCACCAAUCUGUGAGCAGGCUGAGUACCACAUGUUCCAGCGAGAGAAGGUGGAGGUGCAGCUUCCUGAGCUCUUUCACAAGAUAGGAGUCGGUGCCAUGACUUGGUCCCCACUGGCCUGCGGAAUCGUGUCUGGGAAAUAUGAUGGCGGCAUCCCCCCCUACUCCAGGGCUUCCCUGAAGGGGUAUCAGUGGCUGAAAGACAAGAUCCUGAGUGAAGAGGGCAGGAGGCAGCAAGCCAAGCUGAAGGAGCUGCAGGCCAUUGCAGAACGGCUGGGCUGCACCCUGCCCCAGCUCGCCAUCGCCUGGUGUCUGAGAAAUGAAGGAGUCAGCUCAGUGUUGCUAGGCGCUUCCAAUGCAGACCAGUUAAUGGAGAAUAUUGGAGCAAUACAGGUUCUUCCAAAAUUGUCCUCUUCCAUUAUACACGAGAUUGAUAGUAUUUUGGGCAAUAAACCAUACAGCAAAAAGGACUACCGAUCCUAAUUGUUCGUACUGUCUGCCUGGACUCACUGUUAACUUCGAGUCUCCUGUUCGCUUGCUUAAGCUUUAUUGAAGCAAAGUGAAGAGUGUGGUUUGCAUCAAAGAGUCCAUCAUGUCAAGAUGUUCUAGAGAAAUCGUUUAAAAUAUCGCUGCAAGACAACAUAUGCUUCUUACAUAACAUUUAUUUUGAAUGCAAGAAAAGUCACAGAUUGGGAAGAGUGUGAAAGCCAUCAUUCCCCGCCCCCACCCCCCCAGAUGAUUAGCCUCUGCGCUUCCUUUUUCAAAGAAGAGACCACCUCAAACAUGCGCAGCACCACUGUUCUCCAUGAAUUCAGGCUCCCAUGCAGUUUGCUUGAGUAUUCCAACUUAGCCUGUGUACUGCUUAACUGGAAGAAUUAUUAUGAAAAGAAAAAGGUGAUGCUGGCUUCACAGGGAUCUGGCUAAUGUGAGCUUGGAGGACUAGCCUGGGAUAACACCUAGGCAGGUUAGAAACCAUUGUUUUGGACUAGUGCAUGCAUCUCCUGACUGUUCCUGUUAUUUCAUGUACUUUAUUUUGUUUUUUUUUAUUUUCUCUUAUUCAAUGUGAACCAUCCAGGCCACUGACAGCAGCUGUGAAUGCCUUUAAUCUGCAAGCCAGUCGCCUCCCCACCCCUUUGGGUUGCGCAGUUUGGCAGGGUACAUUGUAUUUAUUUCCAGUGCCUAAUGUUGCCCUUUUGCAAUGCUGUUGAUGUUCACAGUGGAUCUGGCACAAGCCUGGAGCCCACUCAGUUCCAUUCAGUGGGCUUUUUUGCUUUGCCAUGUCCUAUAGUCUAUAUUCAGCCCAAGCUUCUGUUGGUGUCAGUUGGCUUCACUGGGAGCAUCCCUGAGGAUGGACCGGAUGAUGCGGCUGUUCUGGAAUGGCAGUGGUGCACUGACUCUGAAGGCACUGACCUGAGAAUCGCUCUGACUGGCAGAAAAAAAGCACAAAAUGGGAGGUGGUAACUUAGCAUAAUGAAACCUGAAAGAGAUCCAUGUUAUGUAUUUCAUGCAUUUUUAUGUUUUUUACAUUUCAGAUUAGUUCUUAGUGCUCGCUGUAGUUCAGAAUCCAGUCCUUUUGGUAAUCUUUGUCCAAGAUGCAUUCAGCUUUAGUUUUAGCUGCCUGAUUUUCAUAGCUGCCUAGAAUUUGUUAUGAUAAAGUUGAAAGAGCUUGUCUUGCCUCAGUCAAGCAUUGGAGCAGACAGGAGUUUAUCUUGUGUGUGUUUAGAGGACAGUUGUCAAGCAUCAUUGCCAACUGUACACAAAAAGUGGAACUGAGCAAUUGAAAUCCAGCAGCAAGAGGUGUAUUGCUGAGAGUCAUUUGUCUUUGUACACACACAUUCUUGUUGCGAAUGCCCAACAUGUUGGCAGCCACAGCACGAGACCAACUUCCCCGAACAUUCAGCCUGAGUCUGUGUGUACAUCCUUCACUCAUCCCCUCCUUGCACCGGUAACAAUGAGAGAAGUGUUGAUUUUAGCAGCUUAUUCCUUCUUCCCAGAUGAAGUACUUGGGUAGACUGCUGAUUUCCCCAUUCUCUUCUAAAGAUUAGCCUCAUCACAGAAAGAGCAUGAGCACAGCAAGAAAUUGGGCAGUCAUUAGAAUGCUCUGAUCACUGGUAACUACUGCUGGAAUUUGGGAUGAUGAUAGUCAACAAGCACGUGGCAUGUUUAUGCAGUUCCUGUCCCACACUCUUGUGUUGUGCCGCUGGGACUGCUGCCACGUUCCACUCCAGAGGGGACUGCAUUUCAUUGCUGUUUAGAGCAAUCCCUUUGGGAUGCUUCUGCUCCUUAGGUGCUGUCAAAUAAAGUGGUUCACAGCAGGGGACUUGAUGUCACAGCCACAGAUGUUUACAGUACACUGCACAAAGCUGUGGAUUUGUGGUUUCUGCUACAAGAUUUCAUUUCCUUGUAACCACUGUACCCUAGGAAAAAAAGUGAAUACUUCUUGGGAGCAUAGAAAUGUAUCUGAUAUGCAGCCUGCCCUCUGUCCAAGGGCACAAAAUUAUUCAAGCACUUAAGGCUAAGAGAAGCAUAUCUAAUGUGAAUCUUUCAUAAAAAGGCAGAUCAAUACCAAUGAAUAAGGAUAAAGCAGCUGUGCUGGGAAAUGCAUUUUUUCCUGGCAGCAGUCACUUUUUGCACUGUUCUGAAUAUGAUCUUCUGUAUUUUUACAAAUGCUCAUGACCCCAGCUUCACAGGCGUUGGGGUCCCUUCUGGUGCUCCAGGUACAGCUCAAUCCUUAGUACACCCCACAACCCUAGACAGCUUCCCUGCAGUGGCUGCAGUGUUUGUCCUCAUCUGCUGCCCUCCAGCUCCAUUUGUCCACUCAGGUUAGGAGCCAGGGGGCUGAUCCAUGCUGAGUAGCACUGAGAGUGGAUAAGCAUCUUCCAGACCAGCUACAGCUAGCUGUUCCUUACAUUAUACAAUGAAAAUUCAGUCUACAAUGAAAAUGAGCAAAUAAAUUGUUCUCUCUUAGGAACAACAACCUACUCCUGGCAUGGGGAAUGUGGAUAUCUCCUCAUGCAUGGCAGUGGCUCUGGGCUUGUCCCAGAAGCUGUCAGAGAAGGCUAGGACCUUCCAUGUCCCUGUGAGUUUGGGUUUUGAGUUAUGUCCAAGAGGUAAAUCCUGGCCUCUUCCAUGAACAUGAGGCCCAGUUGCUUUUCUUUGCUGCUUCACCGGAGUGGCCGCACGUCAAUUUUCAGACCAGCAGAGUAGGUAACAAGAAAAGGCAGAUGGUUUCCAUGAGAGUAAGUAUUGCUAUAUGCCAUCUUCUUUUCCAGUCUGCUCACCCUUUCAGAGCAGACUAGCCCUGUGCCUUGGGUGACCAUCUCACAAACCCAUAAAGGAGAAUAUCCAUAGCUAAUGUCAUGUUCCCAGAGGAGCUGUGCUGAACCAGUGGGUGAAAAUGUGCCUAGGUGCAGACUUGUUGAGCCAGAGCAACCCCUUGGGGACCUGCAUGGCCUCUGCCUUGUGUGUCACAGGCAUUUUUUCUUAAUGGUGUAAGUGCGUGACAGUAAAGCUGUCUCUGUGCCCAUCAGCCAUCCUUAGGCUAAACCCGUCUGUGCACUGUGCUCUUGUCAGACCUUUGACAGUGCUGGUUUUCAGUCUCUGAGAGUAAGCUCUGCCGUCUCCUGCCCAAAAGUGAUGCUGUCUCAGGGGCUGUCUUAGCAGUGCUGCACCCAUCCAUUUAACAGGUUGGAGAACAACAUAGGUGGGGAACCAGCACUAGGAUCCAGCACGUUCUGUAGCCAGCCCUUGUCUCUUCACAAAGCUCACUUCAGCACUGAGUGACCUUUCCCAUCCAAACCCCUGUGCCCUGCACUGGGGCAUCUACUUUUUGCUUCCUUGUGUUUGCUGUCGGACAAGUUCCACUUCCUCCAGGAAGCAAGAGCCUAGAGAGGGAAGGCGCUCCCCCAGCUCUCCUUGCACUGGAGGUUCUGUGCUUUCAUCUCCUUGCUGGGGGCCCUGCUGCCUGCCCUGACAAUGUCACUGCCUCUGGCCUCUGAAGAACAGGGGUGGUUAUCCCCCUGUCCUACAUUAAAUCCAUGUAUGUAAAUAAAAUGCUUACUUUUUUAUCUGUAUCUGUAGAGAUUGAGAGAGAGACUGAUUAUCAAGCUAACUGCAAAACCUAUAGACCAAGAUUGCUGAAUGCAUUGUACUUCUGAAUGAAGAUUCAGAUGUUCCCCAGCUCCUGUAUUUAAGGAAUGACAAUUAAAUUACGAGCCUUA